GAGUUUGGCGGCGUCAUCAUUCAGCAAAAAUAAUAAUAUCUCUGCUGUUGCACUGUUGGUUGAGGUGAUUUUUGUUUUAAAUAAAAAAUUUCAAAAAAUUCUGAAAUUAAAAUUACAAUACGCUAAUUUUUACUUGAUACAUAUUCCUUGUUAAGUACAUUGUACUUUAGUUCGAAGUAUAGCAACUCUGACCAAGGCGUUAAAUUAAGUGUUUGCAGUUUGUUAAUAAGAAAAGAAUUCAAAUUAAAAUAUUUUGUGAAUUGCAAACUGACAGACAAUGAGUUCUUCAUUAGAGCAGUUGGAACAAUCACUGGAACAAUUUGUAGAGAACAUUCGGCAAAUUAAAAUCAUUGUGAGCGAUUUUCAACCCCAAGGGCAAAAUGUGCUGAAUCAGAAAAUACAAACCGUUGUAUCAGGGCUGCAAGAAAUUGAAAAAUUGAAAUCGCAAGUUCAAGAUGUUCACGUCCCGUUGGAAGUAUUCGAUUACAUUGACUCCGGGAGAAAUCCGCAGUUGUAUACCAAGGAUUGCAUGGAGAAAGCAAUGAAUAAAAAUGAAGCGGUUCGAGGAAAGAUUGACUCUUAUCGAAGAUUUCGAGCCCACUUACUCGUAGAACUGACGAGCGUUUUUCCAGCAGAAAUGGCCAAAUAUAGAGCAAUCCGAGGAGAUGAACGCCCUUCGUCGUAACAUUAUUAAGAUGUUAAACUAGUUAAAUGUCACUUGUGGCUUUUUUAUUGUUCAGAGAUCAGAACAUAAGAUAAUGUACAUAUUAUGGAUUUACUCAAGGGCUGAUUUUUACCAGUUCUAUGAAGGAUAAUAAUAGUAAUAAAAUUGUAUAAUCAAA